AUGGAGCUGCUCCUGUGGCUCUGGUCCCAGCUUCGAUCCUGCGGGAACAACCUCCCAGCACUGGGCAUAGCCCUCACAGUCUUCGCUCUGCUAUUUGAUUUCCUGAAGCGCAGGAAGAGCUGGAGUCGCUACCCACCAGGGCCGACCUCUCUGCCUUUCAUUGGGACCAUGCUGCAGAUCGAUUUCCACAGCCCGCACCGCUCCUUUACCCAGCUGAGUAAAAAAUAUGGAAAUGUCUUUAGUCUUCAGAACUGCUGGAGUAAUCUGAUAGUAGUGAAUGGAUUCAAAGCAGUAAAGGAAGCAUUGGUCCAGAAAUCAGAGGACUUUGCUGCCCGACCAUACUUUCCUAUAUAUGAGCACUUGGGUUAUGGAGAGAACGCCGAAGGGUUGGUGCUUGCAAGAUAUGGUCAUGCCUGGAAGGAGCAAAGGAGAUUUGCACUCUCCACCUUGAGGAACUUUGGGAUGGGAAAGAAAUCCCUGGAGCAGCGUGUGACCGAGGAAGCUGGAUUUCUAUGCUCUGCGAUCUGUUCUGAACAAGGUCGUCCUUUUGAUCCACAUUUUCUUAUAAACAACGCAGUUAGCAAUGUGAUCUGCUCCCUCGUCUAUAGUGAGCGCUUUGACUAUGACAAUAAGAAAUUUCAGAGGUUGCUGCAUUUGAUUGAACAGGCCUUGAACGAAGAAGCUGGAUUCCUGCCGCAGCUCCUUCUCGUAGUACCUUGGCUGCUGCGCAUCCCUGGAGUGCCACAGAGCGUCUUCCGAUCCCAAAAGGAGGUCCUGGACUUCACAGAUGAGCUUGUGAAGGAGCACAGGACGACCUGGAAUCCUACCCAAAAGAGAGACUUCACCGAUGCUUUUCUACAAGAGAUAGAGAAGGCUAAAGAGCAUGCGGGGAGCAGUUUCAGUGACAACAACCUUCGUAUGGUAACAGUUGACUUGUUUACCGCUGGCACUGAGACCACCUCCACCACCCUGCGCUGGGCAUUGCUGUACAUGCUUCUCCAUCCUGACAUCCAGUGUAAAGUCCAUGAGGAAAUUGAUAAGGUGAUUGGCAGGGACAGGUCACCCAAGAUGGAGGACCAAGCGAACAUGCCUUAUACCAAUGCUGUGAUCCAUGAAACUCAACGUUAUGGGGAUAUUGUUCCUGUUGGAGUGCCUCACAUGACAUACCGGGACACCGAGCUCCAAGGCUACUUCAUUCCAAAGGGGACGACAGUCAUCACUAACUUGUCCUCGGUGCUGAAGGAUGAAACGGUUUGGGAGAAGCCGCACCAGUUCUACCCGGAGCACUUCCUGGAUGCAGAUGAGCAGUUUGUGAAGCGAGAGGCCUUCCUGCCUUUCUCUGCAGGUCGUCGUGUUUGCCUGGGGGAACAACUAGCCAGGAUGGAGCUCUUCCUCUUCUUCACUAGCCUGCUGCAGCAUUUCACCUUCCAUCUCCCUGAGGGCCAGGCCAGGCCUCGAGAGGAUGGACACUUUGCCGCGACACUCACCCCACACCCCUACCAGAUCCAGGCUGUCCCAAGAUAA